AUGAACAAGGAUGCACUAGCGACGACUUUAGCUCGCGAAAUGGACCGCGUCGCACGCAAUUCCGACAAUUGGCAAGAACGGAUGACGGCGCUAAACGAGAUGCAGCGGGCCUUUAAACAAUUGGAGAGCCAUCCACCUAUUGGUACUGUAGCUGCCAGUCUCAGUACUGAAGUAUGGAAGACACUAAGGCCACUUAAGAACAUGGUGCAGGAUUUACGGUCACAGAUUGUCAAGGAGGUCUGUUCACUGCUCACGACCAUAUCACGCGUUGCACGGGACGCUAUGGCUCCAUUCCUACGCGAUGUCUUGCCUACUCUUGUAGAAGUUUGCGGUAGUGGCAAUAAAGUCUGUGGUUCGUACUGCGGCGACUGUCUGGAAGCCAUUGUCACACAGACGGUAAUCAAAGGUGCCACACUGCGGCUCUUUGUCGACAUUUUGCUCGAGAGUAAAAGUAAACGCAUCCGAUUGUGCUGCAUCUCGUGUCUGCGCCACGCGCUUGUCACGUGGAGUUCCGUACUGGACAAAGGUGACGUGCUACAGCUGGAAAGGGGACUGCGUCAUGCUUUAUACGACGCUAGCUCCUCGUGUCGAACGCAGGCGCACGAGCUUUUUAAAGUCUUCCAAACGUUAUUCCCCAAACAUGCGCUAGUCGUCAUGAGCACGGUCGAUUACAAGAUUCAAAAACGUCUCGAGACAUUUUUGUCCUCGGAUGUGGUCGAUUCAAUGAAAGACACAGCGUCAAAUGCCAGCGUAGAUGAUAAUAUAGCGCCAGUGCAGCAAGUACAAGCAUUAGCGGGCUUCAACUUGGAUGUUGGUGAUCGUGUGUGCAUUCUAGACAAAGAGUUUUUCGGUAUUGUGCGGUUCUUGGGUGAAAUUAUCGGCGUCAAAGGAGUGUGGGUGGGUAUCGAGCUGGACAAAGCUUAUGGCAAGAACGAUGGCGGCGUUAAAGGAAGAUACUACUUUCGCUGUAAACCAAAGCACGGCAUUUUCGCGCGUCCGCAGCAAGUUUUUCUAACAAUGUCAAGGUCAAAGUUUCAUGAACAGCAACUUCAGCAGCAACGAAAAAUUCAAGACGGGGACAGCUUUGCCCAAGGAAGCGAUGCGGGUAGUGCAGCGGAGCUCGGUGAUGAGCUAGAACAUAAUAGAGGUACUGAACCGCCGGUAACAGCAGAGGAAGUGGCACAACCAUCCCCUAGCUCCCCACCGCCGGCACCGGCACCUGCUUCAUCGUUGGACCUGCCCGCUCCAACUGAUAAACUUGAACCCUCCAAGCUGACUUUAGUACUGAAGCAAGCCUCCGUGGCACACAGGCAAUACCUAAAUCGCCUACUUAUUCAUGUCCGCGCGGAGCUGGAGGAGCACGAGCGUUUUCAAAAUUACGGAGCAACAGCUAGCUCGGCUGAUGCAGUUCAGUACCUGCAGCAACUUCAAAAUAGCGCGCAGGACAAAAUCGUUCUUUCUGAUGAGUUUAUCCAAAAGGUCAUCCAAGCCCAACAGGCUGCGCGAGAAUCAUAA